CUGUUCGGAGAGCUGUGCAGCGGGAUGUGAUUCAACAUGCGACAAGGAUCUGGGAACUGUACGUGUAAGGCAGGCUGGGGUGGACAUCUCUGCAACGUUAACUGCACUGGUGGAUAUUACGGCCCAAACUGCAGCAUGGAGUGCGGACACUGUGAGCAGGGUGUACAUUGUGACAUGGUGACUGGGCUUUGUCCGGGGCCGUGCUCCAGCGGCUAUCUGCCACCUUUUUGUAAAGCUGCUUGCCAAAAUAUGACGUAUGGCGAAGGUUGCAGUGGAAAGUGUGGACACUGCGCUAAUGGAGCGACCUGUGAUCCAGUCAGUGGCCAGUGUCUGUCCGGCUGUCAAGGAGGAUGGCACGGGCCUUACUGCGCAAUGCAGUGCCCGGAUGGUUUCUAUGGUAACAACUGCAGCCUGGAGUGUGGACAUUGCGCCCAUGACGUAGCCUGUGACGCGGUCAACGGAAGUUGUCCAAAAGGAUGUAGUGAUGGAUAUCAUGGUUCAAAUUGCUCGCAAGAAUGUUCUCCUGGUUCCUAUGGACUGGACUGUGCAGAGAAUUGUCAUCACUGUAAGUCAGGGGCUCACUGUAACGUCUUCACUGGUAUCUGCCCAGCGAGAUGUAAGGCGGGCUAUCGUGGAUACAUCUGUCAGAUAGAAUGUACGAAUGGAACAUACGGUGAAGAAUGCGCACACUUCUGUGGGCACUGCGCAGAUGGAGUUAGCUGUGACCACGUGACUGGGGCGUGUCCAGCUGGAUGCCUGGCUGGGUUCAAAGGAUCUCUCUGUCAGACAGCCUGCACCAACGGAACCUUUGGAGCAAACUGCAGCGAGCAGUGUCCCAACUGUUUGGACCGGAGCUGCGAUGGAGUGUCGGGCCACUGCCUCGAAGGCUGUAUGCCUGGCUUCAUGGGACCCGGCUGCGAUAAAGCUUGUGAUGACACACAUUUCGGCCCUCACUGUAGCGGAACGUGUGGACAUUGCCUAAAUGGGACAUGUGAUCACGUGACUGGAUCAUGCUCACUUGGCUGCGCCCCUGGGUAUAAUGGUUCCCACUGUAACUUCCCUUGUCCAGCUGGAACGUUUGGUCUGCAUUGCUCCGAACCGUGUGCUCAUUGUCACCUAGGGGAUAUAUGCUCUUCAGUGGACGGUGGAUGCCCAUCGGGAUGCGCUGAGGGAUACUACAUGGCUGCUUGUAACCAUACAUGUCAGAGUGGAUAUUUCGGGAGAAACUGUCGCCACCACUGUAGAAACUGCCUCGGUGAAAACUGUAAUCGUACUGAUGGGGUCUGUCUCCUUGGCUGCAAGCCGGGAUAUCAAGGGAACAUGUGUGAAACACCGUGUGGCAACCAUACAUACGGAACUGGCUGUAACGCCUCAUGCGGACACUGUAACAAUAACGAGGCCUGUGGGUUCGUGAGCGGGGAGUGCGCCGGUGGUUGUGAAGAGGGCUGGAAUGGCACCCUUUGCCAGGAUAGUAAGUCAAAAGUAACAAUUGAUGCCACCCUCUGCCAGGAUAAAUGUCCCGACGGCUGGUACGGAAGAGACUGUGUAUCGUCUUGUGGUCACUGUUGGAACGCCAACGUGUGUGACUUCAAGACAGGGGAGUGUCUUGCAGGGUGUGAUGCUGGAUUCAACGGAACACGUUGUCACGAUGGUAAACCGACCACAGGGUCACGUUUCUCUGCCUCAUAA